AUGAAAGUUACAGUUACUACACUCAACGACGAAAUAUUCGUCCUCGAUGUUUCUGAAGAUUUGGAAUUAGAGAAUUUCAAAGCCUUCUGUGAAAUAGAAUCCGGUUUUCCCGCCACAGACAUCACGUUGACUUUCAAUGGGAAGCCAAUGAUGAACGAUAAGAAAUCGCUUAAGGAACUUGGAGUACACGAUGGAGAUGUUAUUGUGAUGCUUCGUAUGGUGCAGCGGGCCUCUACAAUGAACGCAAAUGAUGCCCGACAAGCUUUGCCAAGUGGAUGGGCGAAUCUCGACUUUAGCAGCAUACAGGUGCCUCAAGGAGCAAGUUCUUCAAUGGCCACAAGAAAUGCACCAGUGGAAGAAGACCCUCGUAUUAUCAGAGAAAUGUUCUUAGCAAACCCAGACCAGUUAGCUUUACUCAAACAGAACAAUCCCAGAUUGGCAGAUGCUCUGCUGAGCGGUAAUCUGGAUACAUUUGCUGGUGUACUGAGAGAACAAAUCACAGCUAGGACAGAAAGACAACAACAAAGAAUAAGAAUGAUGAACUCGGAUCCAUUUGACACUGAGGCUCAGCGCAUGAUAGCUGAAGAAAUUAGGCAGAAAAAUAUUGAAGCUAAUAUGGAAGCUGCUAUGGAGUUCAAUCCCGAGACAUUUGGCACAGUGGUCAUGCUCUACAUUAAUUGUCAUGUUAAUGGGUUCCCAGUUAAAGCAUUUAUAGAUUCCGGAGCACAAACUACGAUAAUGUCAGCGGCUUGUGCGGAGAGAUGUAACAUCAUGCGACUGGUGGACACCAGAUGGGCGGGUAUAGCCAAGGGUGUGGGCGUGCAAAGGAUCAUAGGGCGCAUCCACAUGGUGCAGAUGCGCAUAGAGAAGGACUUCCUCACCACCUCCUUCUCCGUGCUGGAGGAGCAGCCUAUGGACAUGCUGCUGGGCCUCGACAUGCUCAAAAGACAUCAGUGCGAUAUCGACCUGAAGAAGAACGUGCUGCGCAUUGGCACUACAGGCACUGAGACGCCGUUCCUGCCCGAAGCGGAGCUGCCGGAGUGCGCGCGGCUGUCGGGAGUGUCCGAGGACGAGCUGCUGGCGCAGUCCGCGCGCGACCACCGAGACCAUCAGGACCGCCAGCUGCAGGACGCGCUAGACAAGUCGCGACAAGAGGCUUCGAGUGCGGAGGGCUCGUCGAGCACAGCGCCCGUCACGCCCGCGCAGAGCAUCAGGGUUGCGCCGCCGCUGGCCAACCCGAGCCUGACCGUGCUGUCCACCGACCGCUUCUCCGAGACGGAUGUGGAGGAAAUCGUGGCGCUGGGCUUCACCAGGGAACAGGCGGUCGUCGAGCUGAGACGGUUCAACGGCGACAAGACGCAAGCGACCGUCGCACUCUUUGCCAAAUCCCUCAAGUUC